CCACCCCCUGACAGUGAUGUGUUUCGUCUAUUUCUGGGUUCUUUGAACAUGGACGGGAAACGCGCCACCCCUUCCCAGUUACAACAAAGAACUUUUAGCAUCCACGAGCGUCUCCAGGAACAGGAUAUGGUCUUUGACCGAAACAAGCUAAUUGUUUUUCGACUGCCAUUGUGCACCUUCCAUCUGUAUCUAAUAAAAGAAAUGAAAGGAAGGAAGGAAGGAAGGAAAGGAAGGGAUGGACUUGCCGUUGCCAGGAAUUGUAAUACAUCUAGAUCUGACCUCCGCUUCAACCCAGGAGAUGCUGGCUUCUUUACCCCCAAAAGCUGGCAUUCAUUCAAUUUCGUAACCUGUAUUACAGUUUGAGUUACAAAAUGGUUACCUCAGAGCCUCACCAUGCACUAUUAGAGGCAGCUCGUCGUCAAUCAGCCAAUUCUCGACGACUGCUACAGUCGCUGCAACGACGACAACUGCAACGCAAACUACAUCCACAGCAACUUCAGAAUCGACAAUGUCGCGAUAAGAAAUCACAUAGCAAAUGUCCAACACGCCACCCCCGCCAUCAUCCAUGCCCGCGCUCACGGCCGCAAUUGCAGACGGUCAACCCAAGAUUGCUCGUCUACCGAUAUCCCCGUGUUUCGUCACGCCAACCAGGGCCCCCAAUAUCUUGGCAAGCCGUCGCAAGUACUCCAAACGAGAAAAAAGGUUCAGCGGCUUCACCAUACACAGACCGAGGGCACAGGAACGUAUGGAUGGGGAGUCAAGGAUACCAGGUCUGGUUCGCAAGGCAGCAACUCGGCAGUGGAAAAAAGAACGAGAAACUUCAGCCGUAUAAGCCAGAGCCUCUGGAGCCAUUGUUCGGCCUGGAAGAGCACUUGGAACCAUUGCCACCCCCGGAACCUGAAGUGGAACCAGAACUCGGGGUCAACAUGGAUUGGAUGAAGUAUGUGCCUUCAGAGAGCAGAGCACCGAUAGCAGGGGUCUUGGGCGGCCAGAUGUCGGACGCGUCAUGGACGAUUAUGUCUGGGAUGAAUGGAACAGAUGAGUACUGCAAGGUUGAGAGAAUGGUAUGGAUGCAAGGAAAUAACGGCAAGUUCCGGCCGGUGGGCACAGGCAAUGCCAGAAUGACUUGGACAUAGACGGGCCAUGUUUCCUAUUGCAAGGGUUUGGAGCUGCUGGAGGUUAUCAAUCGAGCUUAGCGUUCUGUUUCUUUCAAUUGAAGAAGAUA